AUGGAUUUCCCAAGCCUUCGCUCCUUUCAGGGAGCAGUGUGGAAAAUCGGGAGGCGAGGGACCGAGGACAAGGGGCGGCCCGCGAUUCUCCUCGGUGCCUCAGCGCGCCUGAAAAGGACUAAGAGAAUGGUGGCGACGACAGACUGCGCAGAAAAGUCAAAACCCAUCGCUGGACACAAGGUAUCCAAACCACUGAUGGAAAAGAAACGGAGAGCUCGCAUAAACAAGUGUUUGGACCAGUUAAAAUCUCUUCUGGAGAGCUACUACAGCAGCAAUAUCCGAAAGCGUAAACUGGAAAAGGCCGACAUCUUGGAGCUCACUGUGAAACAUCUAAGGAACCUCCAAAAGAUCCAGAGCUGCUCUACCGCUGCUUCCGAGCUUUCCGAUUACCAAUCUGGCUUCCGUAGUUGUUUGGCGAACGUCAACCAAUACUUGGUCGCGGCGGACACCUUGAACGGGGGCGACCGCUGGAUGUUAUCGCAGCUUUCCAGUAAGCUCUGCCGCUCUCUGGGACGCGGGGGAGCCUCCAGCACCAUGGACAGCGGCCCGGGCCAAGCUGAGGUACAGGACGAGGCGCCGAGACUUCUUCCAUCGGCGGCCGGACCCGAGGAGGGGAGAGCACAGCACCGGUCGAAAGCACAGAAACGCCACGGUGCGAGCACGCCUCGCUCUCUCCCGAGUGAAGACGCGCGGCAGUCGCCCGGAUCCACACGGGCGGUCUUGGCCGCGGCGCCCGCACCAAACAGUCGCGAGAAAGGUGCCGGUCACGAGAAGUGUCACUCUGUCCGUCACAGGAAUGAAGCUGCCAGCACUCAGCUCAGCGUCUGGCGGCCUUGGUAG